AGGACCCAGACUGUCUACUAAAGUGCCUGAGAAGUCACUGUAAAGGCAUUGUUUGCCAGAUGUUCUGCUAUUAUGAUCAAAAUAAACAACCUGCUUGUCUGUUUAACAUUAAAAAUUGUAUAACAUUUAUUAAGUAUAUCAAGGAGGAGGGCAGCAAGAUUUUCGUAUCUGUAGGAAGGCGCUAAAUGCACUUCAAGUACAGGUGAACGUUGAAACGAAAGGAUUCAAAAUGUAUCACAACAGCUCGCAGAGAAAAUACUGGACAUUUGAAAACGAAGAUUGCUUGGAAAAACUGAGAUGCCAAGCCAAUCAGAAGUUUCGUGACAAGAUUAUUUCUAGCGGAAAGGUCGGGGUGCAUGAGUCGUUACUGUUGGAUCCUCUUGAGGAAGAUGUGCUGUUCAAGCACUACGAGAAGAGGCUUCUCGACUUCUGCGCUGUUUUCAAGCCGGCCAUGCCCAAGUCUGUUGUGGGUACAGCAAAUAUGUAUUUCCGAAGGUUUUACCUGAACAACUCCUUAAUGGAAUACCACCCCAGGACUAUCAUGCUGACCUGUGCGUACCUGGCCUGCAAGGUGGACGAGUUCAAUGUCUCCAGCUCCCAGUUUGUGGGGAACCUGCAGGAGAACCCGGCUGCUCAGGAGAAGGCCCUGGAGCAGAUCCUGGAGUAUGAGCUCCUUCUCAUCCAGCAGCUCAACUUCCACCUGGUGGUGCACAACCCCUACCGCCCCAUGGAGGGCUUCCUCAUUGACCUCAAGACGAGGUACCUGGCUCUGGAGAACCCAGAGAUGCUGCGGAAAACGGCGGAUGACUUCCUGAACCGUGCCACCAUGACGGACGUGGGCCUCCUGUUCUCGCCGUCACAGAUUGCCCUGACGGCCGUGCUCAACAGUGCCUCUCGAGCAGGUCUCAACAUGGAGAGCUAUCUGACUGAAUGCAUGGGACUGAAAGAUGACAAGGAAACUCUUUCGAAGAUGAUUGAUUCAAUGAGACGAACAAAAAAUCUUGUCAAGAAAUACGAGCCUCCAAAACCAGAAGAAGUUAUUGCUUGCAAACAGAAGCUGGAGAGGAUUCAUGCUGAAUUUGCCCUCAACACGAACCCGAAAAGAAAGAGGGGGUAUGAAGAUGAUGAUCAUGUCACAAAACAACACCGUGUUGCAGAGGAGGAGUGGACCGACGAAGACCUGGAGUCUCUCUGAAGGAUGGAGCAAGGGUGUGGUAUCUACGAGUGUCUUUGAACCUUGAAUUGUAAAGAAUGGAGGAGUUUGAUUGCAUUUCGCAGUGGCACCCGACCUGCAUCAGUGCGACUCUGAUAGAAAAUGCUUUUAUAAAGCAGAAGUUGAAAGGAUGUGUCCUGGCUGAAUGGCAGUUACACUGCAGCACAUGGGUGUAACAGUGUUGUCUAUUUGUAAAGGUCAUCUGGUUUCCUGUUUCUUUUUU